UGAAAAUAUGCGUACCGUAGUAUUUUUAUUCUUUAUAUGUAAUAUUUUUUAUUUCUCUAAAUCAUAUCCCCAACAAUACAGUGAUGAUGAUAAUUUUAGUCAGUUUAUAUCAAUUGGUCAUUUAGGUCAGCUCGUUUAUAGUGAUAAAUUAGUUGCAGCCAAUAAAUGCACUAAGAAAUCAGAAUAUAUAGAAUGUGUACGACUAGCAAAUUUUAAUUUGGAUAUAAUAUUUAAAGAAUGCCUUAAUGAAUGCGUAACACAAAUCAGUGAAGAUCCCGAUCAAUAUGUGUGUAAAAUAGACGCAGAUAGAAGAAUUUGCGAACCUGUAUAAACAUUGUCAGAGACUAAAUGUUUCAAUAUUUUUUUAAUUUUUACUAACAGUAAAAAAAAAGAAAGUUUCUUAGUAAGCAGAACAAAUUUUCAAUUUUAUUG